AUGUUAGCUAAAAUUUUACUGUUCACCGUGGCCAUAUCGGCUAUAUCCUGUCAGGAGUACAAAUACAAGAUCAAGCCGAUAGUUCAGCACGAGCAGCCAAAGGAAUACAAGUACCAAACCGAACGUCCUUACGUCUACCACCAGGAACCGGCGCCAAUUCACGAGGAAGAAAGCCAACCUCCGGUUGAGAACCAAUACCGCCACGAAAAUGGACACGCGAUAUCAUCCCAGAGCAUCGUGCAUCACCAACCGCAACCCACUCAGGAAUCUCAGGAGAGUUACUCAGAGUACACACCGGAACCAGUGAACUAUAAACAAUAUUUCCAAAGCCAUGAACACGUCAGCGCUCAUCAGCCAACGCCGCAUCAGCCAACUGUACAAACAGUUCAUUACCCUGCAGUGCGUCAUCAGCUGCAUGCUUUACCUGCCCCAGUGCGUCACGAGCCUCCGACUCAUUACGUUCAGGCUCAUGAACCCGCACCUCACCACUAUGCCCCCAAGGUCCACCAAUCACCUGUCUACCAUCACCCUGAAGCCCCAAGCCACGACUCUCAUGAAGAGCUCGUCGACUAUUACGCUUACCCGAAGUACCAGUAUGAAUACAAAGUAGAAGACCCACACACCGGGGACAAUAAGUUCCAGCACGAGAUCCGUGAUGGUGAUAAUGUGAAGGGAGUGUACUCGCUGCAGGAGGCCGAUGGUUCGAUCAGAACUGUUGAAUACAGCUCUGACAAACAUCACGGAUUCAAUGCUGUAGUGAAGCACUCAGCGCCUAACCACCACGUCCAGAUCGAGAGCCAUCAUGAAAAUUAAUCCAAUUGUUUAUUUACUAUUUAAUUUAAUUGUGUUUGAUCUUUACUUUGUUAUUAGAUGUGUAAGUUAAUGAAUUUAAAUUAUUUCUUGAUCGUAAAUUAAAAGCAUAAUUUUAUAAAAAUGGUUUUCAUUUUCUUAACAAUGUUGAUCAGAAUUAUUUCUAUUAAGAAGUGGAAUAAGGAAUUUAAAUUGCCCUGAAUCUGUAAGUCCUAAUAUGAAUAGUUAAUUGACAAGUGAUAACUUUUCUUUGCCUGCCAAUUUUAUUGUAUAAGUUAAUUAACUAUGCUUGUCACUACGAAUCGUAUCUUAGAUGAUAAAUAUAAGCUUUGACUCGUGAUCACUUAUUUCAUGUCAUAUUUCAAGGGAGUUUAAUAAAAGAUUAUAAUUAUGAAAGUAACAAUAUAUUAAUUUACAUUCGUUUUAGCAGCAAAAAUAGAAGUCUUUGAACAGCACCAUAGUAGGCAUUAUGUUUUACGUUUCAUAAAAUGCAUACACCUAAAAUACUUUUAUAAUAAAAGUAUAAAUAUGAAUGCGCGGAACUUACAAACUAAAAGAAAUUAUAAUACAAAAGCGAGAGUUUAUACCUUUCAAAAUAGAUACUGAUGGCAAAAAUGUCUUAAAGUUUGGGCUUCGAAGUCCCAGUAUGGAUACACCUUAUGAAACGUAUAGCCUCUAAGCAAAUCAAUGCUUUCAAUGCAUACCAAUGCGCAGCCCUUUUUUAAACCAUAACCACGAAGCCUCCUAGUUUCGUUGUAGCAUUCCGUCCGUGCUUAACCUAA